GGCUUCUCCCAGCACCUCCCGCUAGCAUCCAGAGGGAGCCGAGCCUCCGCCAGGUCUGCGGGCCGGACGCUGGAGCGCAGCGCAGCGCAGCGCAGCCGUGUCUGUCCACUGAGAGGGCUGAACUGGAAGCCGAGCGCUGCCGCGGGAGGCGGGCGAUGGGGGCAGGUGCUGCCGGCUGCGCCAUGGACGGGCCGCGCCUGCUGCUGCUGCUGCUCCUGGGGGUGUCCCUUGGAGGUGCCAAGGAGGUGUGUCCCACGGGCCUGUACACCCGCAGCGGUGAGUGUUGCAAAGCCUGCAACCUGGGCGAGGGCGUGGCCCAGCCUUGCGGAGCCAACCAGACCGUGUGUGAGCCCUGCCUGGACAGCGUGACCUUCUCGGACGUGGUGAGCGCCACGGAGCCGUGUAAACCGUGCACCGAGUGCGUGGGGCUGCAGAGCAUGUCGGCGCCCUGCGUGGAGGCCGACGACGCCGUGUGCCGCUGCGCCUACGGCUACUACCAGGACGAGACGACGGGCCACUGCGAGGCGUGCCGCGUGUGCGAGGCGGGCUCGGGGCUCGUGUUCUCAUGCCAGGACAAGCAGAACACCGUGUGCGAGGAGUGCCCCGACGGCACGUACUCCGACGAGGCCAACCACGUGGACCCGUGCCUGCCCUGCACGGUGUGUGAGGACACGGAGCGCCAGCUGCGCGAGUGCACGCGCUGGGCCGACGCCGAGUGCGAGGAGAUCCCUGGCCGUUGGAUUACACGGGCCACGCCCCCGGAGGGCUCAGACAGCACAGACCCCGGCACCCCGGAGCCUGAGGUACCGCCAGAUCAAGACCUCGUAACCAGCACGGUGUCAGAUGUGGCGACCACAGUGAUGGGCAGCUCCCAGCCCGUGGUGACCCGAGGUACCACCGACAACCUCAUCCCUGUCUACUGCUCCAUCCUGGCUGCUGUGGUUGUGGGCCUCGUGGCCUACAUCGCCUUCAAGAGGUGGAACAGCUGCAAACAGAACAAGCAAGGAGCCAACAGCCGGCCCGUGAACCAGACGCCCCCACCCGAGGGAGAAAAACUGCACAGCGACAGCGGCAUCUCUGUGGACAGCCAGAGCCUGCAUGACCAGCAGUCCCACACACAGACAGCUGCAGGCCAGGCCCUCAAGGGUGACGGAGGCCUCUACAGCAGCCUGCCGCUGGCCAAGCGGGAGGAGGUGGAGAAGCUGCUCAGUGGCUCUGCGGGGGACACCUGGCGGCAUCUGGCCGGUGAGCUGGGUUACCAGCCUGAGCACAUAGACUCCUUCACCCAGGAGGCCUGCCCGGUCCGCGCCCUGCUGGCCAGCUGGGCCGCCCAGGACAGCGCCACCCUUGACACCCUCCUGGCCGCCCUGCGCCGCAUCCAGAGAGCCGACAUUGUGGAGAGCCUGUGCAGCGAGUCCACGGCCACGUCCCCGGUGUGAGCCGGCCCGGGAGCCCCUGCCCUGCCCCCACAUUCCGAAGACUGAUGUUCCAGCCAACCCCACAGGCCAGCGUCAGAGCUGCGCGCCUCUGGGCAGGGCCUCGGAGCCCGGGCCCCCAAACCACAGCCCUGUCACUCUCCUGUGUGGCCCCAUCGCUUCCGAUCACACUCCCUCUCCAGCGCCAGAAGUGCCCCUGCCGCCUCUCCCACCCUGCCCUGCCCUGUCGCCAUCUCAGGCCUCCUGCCGCCUUCUCCCCCCACUUCUAGGGGGGCCAGCCCCUCCCACCUUAGCAGGUUGUCAUAUAUGGGGGGCUGGCACCAGGGAUGGUGUUGAGGGCGUGACGGGGUCCCAGAGACUCAGAGGGAGAGACUGAGGAACCAGAGCCAUGGGCUCUACACUGUGAUCUUGGGGAACGAGGGAGCACCUUCGUGGCCUCAACCUCCCUCAUCCCCCUCCCCCCUCCCCUCUGGCCUAAUAGGAAGAGGAUCAGAGGUUUGAUAGAGCUGGAAGAGGGGCUUGAAAUCUAGUCCAUCCCCCUCAUUUUACGAACAGCAGAGUGAGGCCCAGAGAGAGGCAGCGAUUUGCCCAAAGCCACCCAGAAAUGGGGAGGCCAAAGAUGGGCUGUCUCCCGAAACGAGGGGUGCAGGCCUCCGGUUUGCAGGGAGUGGGGGGGCCAGGCGACCCUCUGGGAAAUGUCUCGAAGCCAAACCCAGUCUGCCCUUCACCGUCUCCAGGCCUGUCCAGCCCCUGUGGAGAGGGGACGCUUCACCCAAGGCCUGGCCCAUUGACCCAUCCUGACCCCAGUCAGGUUUGGGGUUUGUGGCAAGGGGUGCUGUUUCCCUCUGCCUGUCCCCUCAGGCAUGUCAGUGUGGCAUCCGUGGUGUGGCUCAUCUGUAGGUACCCACCAUCCCCGCACAGACCCAGAGCCAGUAUAGGCAGCAUCUUCCCCUGGAGUCAGCCCUGGGGGACUGAGGAACCCCACCUGCAACACAGAGAUUUACAGGCACACACACACACAGGAUGAGAAAUCUCGCUUCUCUCCAAGAGUUCUUCCUCUUGGGCUGUGGCCGGAUCCUCCUGGGGCAGCUGCCAGAGAAGCAUUGAAGGGAAUUGAACUCUACUCGCUGUCUUCCCUCGCCCCCGGGUUUGGCAGGCCAAGGACGGCUGAGGCUUGGGCUGGCGCCUGCCUUCCAACGGCCUGCACGUGGAGGAAUGCUCCCCCGUUCCACCCCUUCCCUGCAAGCACGGGUUUGGCUGGGCCCUGGAGGCUGCAAUGAAGACAAGUGGACCAGCGUGGGAAUGCAGCAAGAAGGAAUUGAGUUAGACUGUGGCCCAUAGAGGGUCUCUCCCAAGUUUAGAGAACCCUACAAAGGACUGUUUUUUCCCUAGCUUGGUACCGGAAAGGGGCCAUGGAGCCCCUCCUGGCCUGUUCUGUUUUGCUUGAUGUUGGAAUGAGUGUGCCCCGCCCCGUCUAUUUAGCAUGAACGAGCCCUGACCAGGAUGUGCACGGACAGCCACCCCCUCCCCAGCCCAGGGGUCUCUCAGGCACUGGGAACGUUGUACGUAGAUGGUAUUUCUUUGACCUGAAUCUGUGAUGGGAGGAGGAAACUCACCUGCUGGCCCCUUACCUGUGAAUGUGGGGAGUGGGACAGAGUCUGAGGUAUUUCUUUUCCUCCCCAGCAGUGGGGGAGGGGGUCGGAGGUUGCACGUAUGUUUCAGCAUGUGUUUGGUUCUGGGGCCCCUCCUGCCUCCCUUUGGGCUGAGGUGGAACCCUUUUGCCCCCUCCCCCCGCCAGCUGGGGGCUGUGAACUCCAGGCUCCUUGUCACCCUCCCUGUCACCUGCCCCUUGCAUCCUGUGUAAUCAUUUCUUGGGCCCUCCUGAAACCUACACAUAAAACAUAAAUGAUGAACAUUAAAUAGCAAAGAAAG